CCCAGCACGUUAUCAUGAUAGAGUCUGCAAAUGCAGAGGCUGCAGGUCCUGGAGUCAAACUGGAGAGGUCUGAAGGAGAUGAGGACCUACGACACAGCAGAGACAUCCAGACUGGAGAGGCUGGAGAGCACCUUGUAGCCACCGAGGACCUCACCACCGCCGCCGCGCCCCAGGACAGGACCAAAUGCAGCAUCACGGAGGUCAGUGGAACGCCGAACGCCGUCCUCAAGACAGAGACAGAGACAGACACAGAGACUUUAACUGUAACACGAAGGCUUUUACACACAGGAUAUGAGCGAUUAGACACAGAGAGACUGGGCUGUCCUCCUGCUCCUGGCUCAGAGAACUUAACAGUAUUUCACCAGAGUCAGGGGACAGUUAAUUCCCGUGGAGAUGGUGACGUGUUAGACACUGGCAUUGAUGAUCUGUCUUGUUCUUAUUCUACAGAGAUGGACCCUGGCAACAUGCCCUUGGGUUUAGAGACACAGACUGAUCUGUCUAGAGGGGACUGGAACCGGUACAGUAGUAGUGUAUACUCUGAAGGGUGCCUAGAUAAGAAAGGGGAGGUUAUAGUGGUGGAUGAGGUGACUGUGAAAGUGGAGGGCGACGCUCCUCCCACAUGGAAUGCAGAUAGUCACCUAGGAGACGGACACUCACAAGGCAGAGAUUUCUUACAUUACAGGGGAAAUCUAAAUGUUGCCACCCACUCCCCUUUACACACGUUCAGGGAUCGCGACCCAGUGUCCACGUCAAUGGCACCUUCAGAGUCACACGGCUGCGUGAUUUCCGAUCAGGUAUUACAUUUAAACGAUAGGGCUAGAGCCCAGGCUCGUGCAGGGGGAGCAACAACGGUCGGGAAAGAGAAACUGGCUAACUGGAAUGCAGACGAGAUUCACUUAGGAGAAGGACACUCGCAGGGCAACACUAGUGACUUCUUAGACUACAGGGAAAGCUUAGAGACUAAUCUAAAUGUUGCGACCCACUCCCCUUUACACGCAGUGUCCAUGUCGAUGGCACCUUCCGAUUCACACGGCUGCGUUAUUUUUGAUCAGGUAUUGAACUCAAACGACCAAAGGGCUAAGGCGCGGGGAGGGGGAGCAACAACGGGCGGUAAAGAGAAGCGGUUCCUCUGCAUGUUCUGUAACAAAGGCUUCAGCUGCUCCCAGAAGGUGGAGAUCCACCAGAGGGUCCACACAGGGGAGAAACCAUACAGCUGUUCCCAGUGUCACAUGUGCUUCACUCAUGCUGGCAACCUGAAGAGGCACCAGAGGGUCCACACAGGGGAGAAACCUUUCAGCUGUUCCCAGUGUCACAUGCGCUUCGCCCAGGCUGGUGAUCUGAAGAGGCACCAGAGGGUCCACACGGGAGAGAGGCCAUUUGCCUGUACGCACUGCGGGAAGAAAUUCUCGGAGAGGAGCUACCUCAGGAUACACCAGCAGAAAAACCAUUCCACUCUAUAAAAUAGAAGGUAACCAUUCCACUCGAUGGUUUCUGACGUUUAGAUCAAACCCUGCAUUAAAGACAAGGUUAAUUUUCAUUGUCGUCAGCAGAAAAGAUCCACAGAUGCAUUUGGAAUAAGGAGAGCAACAGAUUAAAGUGUUGAAUAUUCCUGGGUAGAAUAUUGCAUCCAGACAUUGUGUGAGAUAUAUAUAUAUAAAGGGAACACU